CUUCGUAAGAGAAAUCCGAAGAUGUUACCUCCUGUAGAUCGAAUUUCAAGCGCAAGUUUGUUUCUUUCGUGAAGUCACAUCGUUUGAGACUGUUAGGAGAUUCUGACCGCGAUGGAAAAAAAUUCUUGUGUUUCAUCAACUAUCGACACUGCCACAGAGGGUUACAAGCUAAGCUCUCGUCCUGUGCAAAACAGGUCUGGUAAAAUGUUCAUAGACACAGAAGUUAAACCUCAAGCCGGAGACACGAUCAUGGAUCUCGGGUGCGGUACAGGAGAGCUGUCUGCGCAUCUGGCUCAGCUUGUUGGACCCAGUGGAAAGGUUUUGGGUGUUGAUCCGGAUAAAGAACGCCUUGAACUUGCUAAACAAUCAUACAGUGAUAUCAAGAAUCUUUCGUUUGCUGAAGGGAGCGCUGCAGACUUCCCAGGUAUGGGUUCAGAAUGCUACGACAUUAUCUUCAGCAACUAUGUGCUACAAUGGAUUCCGAACAAAUGCAACGCUUUCCGGAAUAUGUACGCAAGCCUAAAGCCGACUGGUCAUGCCAAACUAGCAGCUCAGUACGUCAGCUAUCUAUUCCCAUUCAUGACAAGCGCCUUUGAGGAACUGAAUCCAGAAAAUGCAGAACAUUUACUUGGCAUGUUCAAUUUUGAAGCGAGAUCAACGAUCGAGCAAUAUUGCUUUGCCGCGGGGUUUGGCAUUGUCAAAAGCUAUGACAUUCAGAGCGCACAAUUUGUAUUUGAGAGCAUCGAGGCGCUUUUGAAGUGGCUUUGGUCGACAACACAUGGUUCCUUUGAUCCUACACUAGUAACCGAAGAUCGCCUGCAGAACUAUUAUCCAUAUUCAAGCCGAAAUGGUCAGCCUCCAUUUGACUUUAGUGGUAUUAAAGAAGAGUCAACGAUUUGUCGAUUAGUGGCUACCAAACAGGUUUAUUAGGACGCCACGAAGCGUCUAUUUAUGUUCACUAACAUCGAUUUCCUGUUGAAGUAAAUAACCGGUAUUUUAGUGUCCCCAAUUAGCAGUCAAGCUAAAGUGAUUAUGAUACUUAAAAUAAAGUUCCUAUCUUAAUGCUAAAUAUGCUUUCUACAUUGUGUUCUACAAUAUGCCUUCGCUCCGACGAAGGGCUAACGCUCGAAACGUCAGGUUUUGUAAUCGUUACGGUGGCCAAUUUACCAUUUCAA